AUGAGGUACCCGAGCAAGGUCAUCCCCAAGGACUCAGCCAAGAAGAUGGUGAAGAAGUCGCACAUGAAGGCUUUCGUCAAGCUCGUCAACUACCAGCACCUCAUGCCGACUCGCUACACCCUCGACGUUGACCUCAAGGACAUUUGCCAACACUCCACUCUCCAGUCCAAGGAUAAGGUCACUGCCUUGAAGGAGACCAAAAAGUGCCUCGAGGAGAGGUUCAAGACUGACAAGAACAUGUGGUUCUUCACCAAGCUCAGGUUUUGA